AUGUCUUUUCCAUUAACUGUUACUCCUGUGUUUUCAGCUCCCACUCCUUUAAUUAUAACGUUAACAUCAAAUCUCACACCAAACGAAAAGCGGGAUCUUCUUUUUGAUGUAGACCAUACUUUAGAAAUCCCAAUGGAGACACGACCACCUGACGUAUAUUCUGCAAUAAUUAAAGUUUUAUGGAUAGCUUCUUCAGAGGUAGUUCAAGUAGAGCAAUAUAAAAACUCCCCCAACCAUACACAUUCUUUAUCAAAAGUCGAUAGGCUGAAACGGCCAAAAGUCAUUAGAAGUUUAGUUGAAAUAGAAGCGGCCAAAAAUUAUCCUCCUCCAGCUAUCACAUCUGCCAUCAAAGAAUACGUGACGUUAGAAUUAGAUCUUGGUGAAUGUACGCGUGAGCUGAAGCGCAAAGAAGUAACGAAUAUUAAAUACAAAAUUUGUGAGCCUACGGAAACCCGUUUUAUUGGGAAUUCGAACUUAAAAUCAGACAUUUUGGAAUCUGUUUCUUUUUUAACAGAACAGGGGUAUCUUGUUGAAAAUUUCUGCAUCUCCCAAUGA